AUGCAGAGAUGCAGAGAUGCAGAGGAGCUUCAAGGUUUGGUUGGGUUGAAGGUUGAGAUGGGACAGACGAGACGGGAGCUUGGAGGUUGGAGCUUACUCGAGUACUCGUACCCCCCAGCCAGUACCGACGUCCAGCUAUCUACCUGCAGACUAGCUACGUAUCUACCAGCGCCUACCUACGGUGGUGAGGGUAGGUACGUAGUGAGGGUGGGGGUAAGAGAAAGGGAGGUGUGCCAAGACAAAUUUCAGUUCAGCAGGAACGACUCGAUUCGAACCUCAACAACCUGGAACUCGGAGUCUCCAAAUCUCGAAGUCUCGAAGUCGCAAAGACACAGAACACGAGUAAUCUUGCAACCUGCUACGUCACCUUCUCUACACAAGUACUGCUUCUACACUCACUACUCAAUGCACAUUGCACAUGGCAAUUCAAACACACGAUGAAAGACGCAUAA